ACCUCGCACGUUCUCCUCAUAUCUUUCUCUCUCUCUUAAAAAAAUAAAGCUAAGUCUCUUCCUCCCCUUCUCCUUGACAAUAUGUUGUCUCACUUCCCAAGGAAUAUAAAAUUAACACCCAUUUCCUCUCUUGUGAUCUUCCCAUAAAUACUCCCCUAUCUUCUUGCCCUAAAAACCCCUCUUCCACUUUGUCACUUCCUCCAUUUUCACUCAUAUUACUACUAUAUCUAUCACUACUAAUUAAGCUUUUGGUUCAGCCGAUUCUUAAGAGAAUUAUCUAUUUCAUAUUGGUUUAUUGCUUGUGAUCAUGGGUUAUAAUGGAAAGCCAGCAUGGUUAGAUGCACUUUACACCCAAAAAUUCUUUGUGAAUUGCCCAGCUCAUGAGACAGCAAAGAAGAAUGAGAAGAACGUACUUUGCUUAGAUUGUUGCACUAGUCUUUGCCCUCAUUGUUUGUCCAUGCAUCGCUUUCACCGUCUUAUUCAAAUUCGUCGAUAUGUCUACCAUGAUGUUAUUAGGUUGGAAGACCUUGAGAAGCUUAUUGAUUGUUCUAAUGUUCAGGCUUAUACAAUUAAUAGCGCCAAAGUGAUUUUCAUCAAGAAAAGGCCUCAAAAUAGGCAGUUUAAAGGAGCUGGAAAUUAUUGCACUUCUUGUGAUAGAAGUCUCCAAGAACCAUAUAUUCAUUGCUCUUUAGGGUGCAAGGUGGAUUUCGUAUUGACACACAAUAGAGACCUUUCACCCUACUUAAGGAUAUGCAAAGUGUUGCAAUUAAGUCCGGACUUCUUAUACCCUCAAGACAUGGGAGAUGAUGAAAUGACCAAUGAAACUCCUAACUCCACCAUCGUGGACUGCGACGAGCCAAUGAGCUCAUACUGCGGCUCAUCGGACUCCGAGAACAUGAGCGUGGCAUGCACGACGUCCGAGAUCGUUCGGAAGAAGAGAAGUGGAUUAUAUGUGUGUGGAAGAUCAGUAAAUAAGGUGUCCGAUGAAGAUAUGGCUACAAGCAUGAGUAGAAGAAAAGGAAUUCCUCAUAGGUCUCCUUUAUGUUAAAAAACAAAUUAAAA